GCAGUGCCUGGCCCAAGGCCCUCAGUGAGCUUCAGGUCUGAGCACUGAUUCUGAACUGUCAUAUUCCAACCCAACUUCCCAAUGGCAUUUACUCUGAAACCUAGAUCCUGCCAUUUUUGGGGGGAGGGGAGGAAGAGGGAUACCCUCUUGCUCAUUCUGCAGGGUUCCUGGGCUGCUGCCUCUGAUGGCACCUAGGCUGCCCCCCCUCCCAGCCACGCAAGGCACCGACCCAGCCAAAGCAGUCAUUGGCGGUGCUGGUGGGGCGGCCUACCGUCGGGCCACCUAGGCCCAAGCCCGCGGCCAAUUCACGCUGAGAUGAGAAAGAGGGAAAGGAGCUCCUGGCCCGGGGGGGGGGGGAGGCGCCAAUCCCGCUCGUAGUUCAUGGAGAGGCGUCUCUCCUCCUCUCCCCCCCCCGCUCCCUCCCCCGAGUCUGGGCUGAAGGAGUCGCAGGUGAGAGGUGACUAUCUCGGUGGGGCCACGCUGACCAUGCUCAGGAGCUUCUGUCUUCAGCUCAUGUCCUUGCUUUGGAUCCUGGUGGCCCAUCACCAUUUUACACAAGGUGAUGACUGCAGUGACCACUGUAACUUGGCUCAUGGAAGCUGUGACGAGGACGGCAAAUGCAGGUGUGACAAAGGCUGGGAAGGGGAAUACUGUGAACAGUGUGUGAGGAUGCCAGGCUGCAAGCAUGGGACGUGCCACCAACCUUGGCAAUGCAUCUGCCAAAGUGGCUGGGCUGGCAAGCUGUGCAAGAAAGACGUGCAUGUCUGUGAGCACCAGACCCCGUGCCAGAAUGGAGCCCAGUGCGUCUACGACCGAGAUGGGGAAUAUUCUUGCCUGUGCCUUGAAGGAUUCCAUGGAAAGAACUGUGAGCUGAAGACGGGGCCAUGUGAUAAGGCAGGGUCCCCUUGCAAGAAUGGCGGAGAGUGCCUGGACCAGAACGGCUUUGCUAAGAACUACACCUGCAAGUGCCUGGCAGGAUUCAUUGGCACCCACUGCGAGAUUGACGUCGACGACUGCCUGAUGCGUCCCUGUGCCAACGGUGCCACCUGCCUCGAUGGCAUCAACCGCUUCUCCUGCCAAUGCCCCACUGGCUUUGAAGGGCGUUUCUGCAGCAUCAACAUUGACGACUGCGCCAGCCAGCCGUGCAGAAACGGGGCAAAGUGCUACGACCGCGUCAACGAUUUCGAUUGCCUGUGUCCCGAGGGCUUUGUCGGCAAGACCUGUGAGCUCCUUGCUCCGGAGCCGACGUGGGUCACCGCGUUUCACCCUGAUCCCAAGGGGCACGGCAACGACGUCGUGAGAAGUACGGCCAGCAGCAACCCUUGGACAACCCAGUCUGAGCCCGUCCGGGUUGUGGUGACUGGGAAGCGGGUCACUACCUACAGUGAGAAAUCGAACGGGGGAGGGCUCUUGAUCUCCGUGAAAGAGGUGGUGACUCAGCAGGACUCGGGGCUGAGUCAGUCGCAGCUGAUUUUAGUGCUGGUGUUUGGGCUGCUCACGGCCCUCCUAGUCUUGGUAACUGUGUUGGUGCUGCUGAAGAACUGGCAGAGGGGGCGCCGGAGGUGCCAAAGCCCCUCGCAGUCUGCAAGGAAACUCCAGGACCAAGAGUGCCAAGUGGGCAUGUUGAGUACGGUCUUGAUAGAACCCAGGAAAACGACGGAGCUGUAAGGACCCCCCUGAGUCGGAGCCUGGCUGACCUCUGUACACCCACCAGAUGAGUCAAGGAAUUCUCCGAGCAGCGUCCAGGGGGAUGCUCUGGCCGUCCGCCUCCAAAGCACCGCGGGCUCUGGUCGAACUCAAGGCCGUGCAUCGCCAGGGAAGAGGAUGUCCACGAGGCAGCAGAGCCUUUGCUUGAAAGCGGAGUCCUUGAAUGCAUGCAGCUUAAAGCCACUGGCUUGGUGGCAGCAACGUCUUAAGGGCAGCCAAGGAAGUGCUGGGUCAUGAUAAAGCCAGUGCUGGAAACAGCAAGCAAGAUAGGCGGAUGUCAUCCCACAAGCGCUCCGAGGGAUGAGGCUAAGCAUGCAAGGACAGGUUGUAGUAUUUGGCUAAGCCCUUAAGCAUCUGGUAACUCUUGGUCAGAGUCAUUGGAGGUAUCCUAUGGCCUGUCUGUUCACUCAAGGGGGCCCAGGAACUGCUCUGUGUAUGCCCCACCACCCUCGAGCACAGGUGAUAUGGGACUCCCAUUCUGCCUAGAGGCCUUUCAGUCUGUUUUCAAACCCCAUAAGCUCUCCUAAGGACCUUGUGGUGCCAUGAGCCACUUUGCUGCCUACAUUGACCAUUCUAGAUCAUUGUCUUGCCCAUUGUGUCCUGUACUAUGUCCGGUCUUGAUCUGGCUGCAAAUGUUCGGAACCUCUGAAACAAAACCCUUCUCUUCCCCUCCUCCCUGAAAGGUUUAUUCAGACUCUGAUUUCACACAUCGUACUCCCUAGAACCUCAUUUUCUCAGCUCUGGUGUCAGGAAGGGUCAAAAGCAAGCACCAAGCCAACUUCCCCUUCUCAGUCUCAGAUUGUUGGCCUGAGACUCUUCACUUGCCAGAAAAGAAAGGGCUGUGUGUGAAGCUGGAAAUAAGAGGCCUAGCAAUCCUGAUUCCAAGGCCUGAUGUCUGUGAGAGAUCAAACUUGGGAGUGAGCCAAAAGCAACCAGGAUAGCACUUUUCAGUAGCACAUGUUGAACCAUACUGAUGCCUUAAGGCAAAAAAGUAUACUUCCGAGGAUGUAUCCCAAAACAUUGGUCCAUCAAGCUUGGUAGUGUCUGCACUGACUGGCAACAGCUCUUCAGGGUUUCAAAUUGGGGGUCUUUCUCAGCCCUUCCUGAAGUUGGUGAGGAUGGAGCCUGAGAUCUUUUGCAUGCAAAGGUUCUGUUCUGUCACUACAAACAGUUAUUCUCCUUCCCUAAGUGGAAGUAAAGGCGGUGGGUGAUCUCAUAAAACAAUUCAUAUUUGGCUACAUAGUGAUAGCAAUGAAGGCAGUACAGUGGUACCUCGGGUUAAGUACUUAAUUCGUCCCGGAGGUCCGUUCUUAACCUGAAACUGUUCUUAACCUGAAGCACCAC